AUGUCUAAUUCUCAAAAACGUCGUCGUACAUUUACUAAAUCUCUUUCUUCUCCUGAUGCGUCCACUUCAGUACCUAUUCGUCCGUCUUUUACGUCAUGUACCAAUGAGAUCUCUAAUUCCACGUACAUAGAUAACGGUGAUUGUACAUGCAUAUGUGAACACUGCAAUGCCUUAUUUUGGUACGAUGAACAUGUCAAUGCGAUGUCUUCUAAUCGUGCUUGCUAUAAUCAUUGCUGUAAACAUGGUCGUGUCAAGCUUGAUUCUCCUUCCCUUCCUCCUGCAGCAUUGUUACAUCUAUUUAAUAAAUCUGAAUUUCUUGAUAAUAUACGUACAUACAAUAGCAUGUUCUCAAUGACAUCUUUUGGUGGAAUAGUCGACGAUUCUAUCAAUGAUGGAUCUGCUCCUUACAUUUUCAAAAUUGAAGGCCAGAUUUACCAUUGGCUUGGCUCUUUCUAUCCAACACCAAAUGAACGUCCUCGGUUCUUGCAAAUGUACCUGUACGAUACUGAAAAUGAAGUUUCCAAUAGACUAAGCGUAUUCGGAAACGAUAGCCGCUCGCAAUUGAAUUCUGAGACUGUCGCUUUGCUUAUUCAAAUCCUUGAGAGUAGUAACAAGCUGGUUAAACUUUUUAGGAACGCAAGAGAUCUGUGUCGCUCAGCUGAUGUAACCUCAUUCUAUAUCCGUUUGUAUAAUUCUUAUAACUCUUUACGUUAUGAUAAUCCAACCCAAGGUUGCAUUGGUGCUAUUAUCAGUGAUCCUGGACCUGAGUCAAAUGGGUUUGACAUUGUUAUUAGAUAUAGGGUCGCUGGCCCUCAAAGAAUAAACAUACUACACCCAUUGUACAUGUCAUUGCAAUAUCCUUUGUUGUUUAUUCAUGGUGAAAGUGGCUGGUCCCGUGACUUACGCCUACAGGGUAGUAGCUCAAACAAAAAUAAUACUUUGACUAGGAAUAUGUUCUAUUGCUACCAAUUACAUGAUCGUGCCAAUACCUAUUCUUUACUACUAAGAGGUGGACGUCUUUUCCAACAAUACCUGGUAGAUGCUUAUGUGUCCAUCGAGCAAGACAGGCUUAACUUCCAUAGAUAUAAUCAAAAUGCUCUUAGAAGUGAAUACAUGCAAGGAGUACACGAUGCAGUAAGAUGUGGAGAUACCGAAAGAAAGGAUAUAGGCAAACGUAUAAUUUUGCCAUGCACGUUUACCGGUGGUCCACGCUACAUGUACAAACACUAUCAGGAUGCCUUGGCAAUAUGCAAAGUUCAUGGAAACCCACAGUACUUCAUUACGUUCACCUGCAAUGUUAAAUGGCCUGAGAUUCAUAGAUACAUCACCAAAUUUCCAAUCCUAAAAUCGGAGGAUCGUCCAUAUGUCAUCGCACGAGUCUUCCAUAUGAAAGUUACUUCAUUUGUAAAUUUUCUUAAAGUUAGAAGACCAUUUGGAAACGUUACUGCAGGUAACUUAUUUGCCUCACAUUAUAUACAAAACUCCAUAUCUGUUAUAGAGUUAUACUCAUGUUACUUGAAAAUCGUUCAUUUAUGUUGUUCAAACUUAUACACCAUAGAGUUCCAAAAAAGAGGUUUACCUCAUUGUCACCUUCUUUUAUGGGUUGAUGAAGCACACAAAAUAAAGGACGCUGCACAAUUAGAUGCCUACAUAUCAGCGGAAAUUCCAGAUCCCAUCAAGGAGCAAACUUUGUAUACAAUUGUCACUGACUUCAUGAUACAUGGACCUUGCGGCAUCGCCAAACCUAACUCACUAUGCAUGGCAUUAGGAUCAUGUAAGAAAAAUUUCCCUAAGGAUUAUGAGCCUGUUACAAGAUUCGAUGACAAUGGCUAUGCACGCUAUAAGAGACGUCAAAGUACUCACUCUGUUCAAAAGAAUGGCAUUUCAUUAGAUAAUGGUUAUGUUGUACCAUACAACCGUUCUUUGUUGCUUCAUUUUCAUGCCCAUAUAAAUGUCGAAUACUGCGGGUGGAGUAUGCUUAUAAAAUACCUUUUCAAAUACAUAUCUAAAGGCACAGACCGUGUAAAAUACACUAUUAAAAAGACGUCUACCCCACCAGGCAACUCUACAGGCAAUGCUGCAAUAGAAAUUGACGAAAUUAAAGACUUUGUUGAUAGCAGAUUCAUUUGUCCACAUGAAUCAGCUUGGAGAAUCUUUAAUUUCAUGAUUCAUGAACGAAACCCUUCUGUUCAGAUGCUUUCUGUUCACCUAGAGAAUAGGCAAAAUGUCACAUUCAAAGACAAUGAGAAGCUUGAGAAUGUCUUGCGCAAUCCAAAUGCCGGACGCACUACCUUAACAGAAUGGUGGGAAUCUACGGGAAAAUGUUGGCUUCGCAGAUUGACAAAUAAAACACCAGCAAUCGGUAGACUUGCAUACAUACAUCCAAGUGCCGGUGACGUCUUUUACCUUCGAAUGCUUUUAUCACAUCAAAAAGGUUGUAGGUCAUUCGUAGACAUACGAACCGUUGCUGGUGAAGUCCUUCCAACAUAUCGCAUAGCGUGUGAGAAACUCGGCUUACUUGAGAUGACAAUGAAUGGUCACUUGCGAUAG